ACCCCGCAGUUGAUGAGUAAGAAGUCGAAUACGGAAUAGAAAGUCGUUUCGGAGCUGGUGAAGUUCUUCAAUAAUUUCCAUGUCCGAAGAGAUAUUAUGCCAAUUUUCUCAGUAAAUGUGUUCAACUGACACAUCGAACAAUGGAUAUGCUGAACAGUUGGUGGGGAGGGGGAAAAACGGAGAAGGAAACGGCAUCAGAAUCGGGAGCAAAUUCUGAAACAGAAAUCAAGAAAGAACACAAUCCAGAUGACGCAGAAGCUGAGGAACUGCAAACCAUAGAAAGUAAUGAAAGUGAAGAAGCGGACAAACCAUCAGUGAAACCAGAACUGAACAUCACAGCAGAAGCUGCGAUCUCAUCAGCAAAGGAAUGGGGAAGUUACUUGUUCAACGUUGCAAAGGAAGGAACGAAAAAAGUCACAGAAACUGCAGCUAAAACAGCUACAAUUAUUCAGAAAACUGUGCAAGAAAAGACGAUUGUAGGCGACUUCAAGAAGGAGCAGGAUAAGUUUGUCAAGGAGAAGCAUUCUAAACGGGCUGAGGCAGCGGUGCCUCCAUGGGUGGGAUACAAUGAGGAGGAACAGAUGAAAGAACAGAUCAUGGCGUUGUCACAGGACAAAAGAAAUUUCCUCAGAAACCCACCUGCAGGGGUCCAGUUCCAGUUUGAUUUUGCCAGCAUGUUUCCAGUCGCCAUGGCGACACUCCAAGAAGACGAGAAGCUUCAGAAGAUGAGAUUUGACCUCGUCCCCAAAAUGAUUGUUGAGGAGAAUUUCUGGAGGAAUUAUUUCUACCGAGUAUCCCUCAUCAAGCAAUCCUCCCAGCUAACCUCCCUAGCUGCGGCAUCCUCAGGCAAUUCCAGUGAUUCUGGGUCUGCUGAUACAUCAAGCACAAAGACAGACGACACACCGUCAGAGAGUGGUAAAGACAAGUCCAGCGCAUUGGAUAUAUCCGUCGAGCCCACGCCCUCUUCCCCAGCGGACGACGAGGUACCGGGGAGCCCCCCGGGGGCGGAGUUUAUCAGCGACAACUUCAACAAGGAGAUUGACCAGGCUGAGAUCCAGAAGGGGUUUGAGCAGCUGGGCAUGGACAAAAAGGAAGAUGAAAAUAAUGGUGAGGAAGAUAUUCCAGAAUGGGAGAAAGAAUUGCAGCAAGAGCUUCAAGACUACGAGGUAGUAGAAGAGGAAGACACUGGAGGCAAUGAGGAAUGGGAGCGAGAGAUCGAUCAGAUGCUUGAGGAUGAGGGCGCACCGGAGAGCAAGUAAUCCACUCACGACUCACUACUGUACAUAUUCCAAGCCAUGUCCAAAUUUGGCAUUUUUCUCUGUGGCUGUGGCUAUCCAUGGCAGAGUAUCAAUGCCAUAUAAACCAAGCCAUAGCCUGAAAGAUGCCUGAUUUGGGCAAAGUCUUUAUGACAGGUAACUUUUGUUUUUUAAGGAAUUGUAAAUGGACCAAUUGAUCUCAGAAGGCCAAGCUGAGGUAUAUCAUGGUCAGCUUCCAAAAUCAAGAAAAUUCUAAUGAACAAGAUAGAUAAAUAAUGCAAUGUUGUUUGUUUUUUAACAAGCCUCAUACAUAUUCAUGAAAUAUUCAAAUUCAUUUAAAUUAUUCUGCCCAUAUGAAACAGUUGAUGCCUUCCACACAAUCUUAGCUGUUGAUUCAUAUCCAGGAUAUGAUUUGCCAGAUAUGUCUGUCAGAAAAUCUAUUGGCCUAUUUGAGAUGUGGCGGACACAAUAGGAGGGCGCUGUUCAUCAAAUAUCUCAAAUAGGCUAAUUGGCUGCCACGAUAGUCGCAUAACCAAUGAGGGAUCCAAGAUACAUCAUGAAUAUGUAUGAGGCAUUGGUUUGACCAAUUGUGGUUUGAGAAGGUAUAUCAUAAAUAUGCAUAAGGUAUAGUGCUAGAUCAUGUUUAGCUGCAUUCAUUUGUCUCUUCUAUUCAAGUUCAUUUGUCACAAAGGAUGGUAGAUGUAUAUUUUGCAAAAAAAUCUUUAAAAAGUUUGCUUAGGAAAACAGGCUUACUGUAAUUUUUUUUAUUGGGGGGGGGGGGCUUUCUUCUUUGCUAAUACAUUGCCAUAAGAGGGAGAAAAACAGUUGUUCUUAUUGGGUUGAGGAAAAAGCUUUUUACUUUUAAUCAGAUUGCAUCACUAGUUGCAAAAAUUGUAUUGUCUAUUAAAAGAGAAAUUACAACUGUUUCAGCUCCUUUUUACCUUGAUUCUUCUUUUUUACACCGAUGCAUUAUAGAUUUGUGGUAUUUAGGGGAAAGAGAAAACACUUAUUUAUUGAUGAUGUGGCCCAUGCUGGCUUUAAUUCAUUUUAACUGUUUAGUUAUAUAAUUAUUUACUUAUGUGUGGGAAUUUCAUGAGAACCAGCAUUGGACAACAGUGGUACGUUGACGUUAGCUGUCAACAUUUAUUUUUAUUCCUAGAAAAUCAUUUCAUUCUUGAUUGUAAUGAAGAGUGUUCAAACUUCGUUAAAAGGCAUAUAGGGUCAUUUGCAGCUCUUCAUGCAUUUUGUUCAUAGUUUUCAAUAAUAAUACACCGCUCAAAAUACAAAGAAGAAUGUUCAAAACUUAACCUGUUGAAGUUUCAGCUCAGUGGAUAUUACACUUUUCGAGAAAACAGUGUAAAACCAUGCACAACCUUUAGAUCACGAAACAAGAUUUCGUACAUAGCACUCUUGAUUUCAAAAAUUAGUCAAUCACCUACAUUUCUUGAUUUCUCCUAAGUGACAGCAGACCAGACGGAAUAAUUUAAUGGGGUAUUUAGUACCAUUACAAUCUUGAAUCCAAGUAAAAUUUUCAAUAAUAAUUCACUCGACUACUUUUGGGAUAAAUGUAAAUGAUCCUAUAUGCCUGUAAUACAUCAACCGAAAAAGAUCAAAAUUAACGGCGCCUAAACUUCAAAAUUAAAGGUAUUCCGUAAUAAAUGCAUCCAGACUUUUUUGGUUGAAAGGUGAAAUACCUCAAUUAAGAAUUCCACAGAGUUCCCAUCGAUGGAAAUAUGUACACAGAUAAUAUACAUUAAACUGCAAAUGAUAAACAGUAGUGUAGUUUGUUGCUAAUAUGUACAUUGUAAAUAUUUUUUGUCAUUACACCCUUAUUAUUUGGUACAUAUUUUAGCCUAUUAAAAAGACAUGGCAUUGAAUUUAAAACUGGUAGUGGUAAUUUUAAUUCAAUUUUUUAGUCUUUAUUACCAUCGUGGGGAUAAAGCAGAAGAAAUGUAAAAAAAAAUAUGAUAAUGUUAAUAAAUGAAGCUGAAUAACAAAGGUUGGAAUUUACA